AUGAGAAUACCAUUUACCACCGACAAAUCAUUCGAAAUUUUCGGGUCACCUGUUCUGCCCUCAACACAAGAUGCUGAGCCAAACUGGAAGGAGAUCGAGCAGCCAGCUCGGCCAAACAACGAACCCCAUCGCGCCAUCUAUUCCUAUCAGAUCAAUGAACCUGGCCUCCUCAGCUUCGAGGAGAGUGAGGUGCUCCUCAUCUCCAGAAAGGAAGAUGAUGGAUGGUGGUACGCUAAGAGGCAAUCAACUAACGAGGCCGGUUGGGUGCCCUCCUCAUUUCUUGACCUCCGGCCUAUUCCUGAAAUACUUUUCAAAAAUGUACCGCGGCGAACACCAGCUAUACGUCAGAAGAGGUCCGUGAAGCGACACGCUAUUUACGGCAUAGCGGAGCUCGAAACCGGCGAGGAUAUGCAGUUCUACCGUCACAUCACUCAUCAGCUCCUGUCUGUGCGCGAAUGCGCCGUUUGCGGAGACAUGAAAUCGCUUACCGACUUUCCAGAGGAGUGGCGGCUACAGUGUAAGCACGUAUGGAAUACGUGCGGUGAAUGCGUCCAAGCUUGGAUUGCCGCCGAGCUCGAAAGCAAAGGGUGGGAUCGUAUAAGUUGCCCGGAGGAGGUCUGCAAGGCCUCCCUCUGUCAUGCCGACAUCUCACAACUCGCUGACAGUGCAACAUUUCAAAGAUACGAUACUCUUGCCACCCGUGCCCACCUUGGCAAGCUGCCCAAUUUCCGCUGGUGUCUUUCUCCAACUUGUGAGAGCGGCCAGAUCCACGAAGAUUCAUUCGGCCCCAUCUUUAAGUGCAUGGGCUGCGACAUGCAAUUCUGCACACAACAUGAAAUGCCAUGGCACAAUGGAGAGACAUGCAACGAACACGAGUUCUGCUGGGUGUGCCUGGCUCCAUAUGAUCCGAUCAGGAGGUAUGGAAAUGGCAAACAUAGGAAAUCCUGUAAGUACCACACCAACAAUGUGGAGUAA